GCAACAUCAUUCAACAUACCUGGGGUUCUUGUAUAGUCGUCUGGAGUGAGGAAGAAUCGCAUGCGGAUCCGAGUUGGUCUAGACUACGCCCAACCCGGCCUCAGGCAGAUUAACCCGAGGAUUUUAUUCUAUUUUUUCCACUCCGCUUUCUCUCUCUUCUCUUCUCCUUCUCUUCUUCUCUUCCCGUCUCUCUCUCUCGGCUUCUUCCUCUCUUCUCCUAUUCUUCCUCCUCCCUCCUCAUUGUCCAUUCAGAUUAUCAUAUUAUACUUUUCUACUGGUGACCUCCCACCGUCAACUCCACCAUGGCCCUCGGGCCUUUCUCCCCCUCGCUCUACCGCUUCUUCCUCCUCUUCUCCGUCAUUCUCUCCGUUCUCGCCGCCGAUGACACCCAACUAAUCCCCGCCACCGGCUCCAAGAUCUUCCCGCAAUGUGCCACCACCUGCAAUAACCUCAAACAAGCCCAGACGCUAUGUGUGCCCCCGACCGCCCCCGCUACUGGUAAAACCGGCUACGUGAGCUGCUUCUGCCAGUCCAACCUCCUCGUCGGCCUCAAAAACUCCGCCGACGGAAUCUGCGACGACACUUGCUCCAGUCCCGCGGAUAAAACCACCUUGAAGAAAUGGUACAGCGACUACUGUUCCUCGGGCGGUGACAUCCCGGAGAAUUCCGGCGAUAAGAACGACGACAACAAAGACGAUAACAAGAAAGACACCGACAACAAGGACAACAAGGACAACAAUAAUGACGAUGAAGGCUCGAACAAAGCCGACUCCGACACCGGGUCCCAAGGAAAGAAAAUCGAGGACCCGCCCUCGCAGAGCUGGAUUGCCGGUCAUUACCAGUGGGUCAUCAUGGUCGUCGUUCUGAUCGUCGGCUUCGCCGCCCUCGCCGUCUUCGGAGUGUGGCUCAAACGCCGCCACGAUGCCAAGUAUCCCGGUCUCUACCACGCCGCAGCCACCGGCGCCAGCGAUAGCGGAAUCCUCCGACCUGGGCAGGGCCCGAGUCCGGUGCCGAGCCCACCGGUCGCGUGGAUGGCCGGUCAGGACCCCUCCACCUCGGGCGCCAGCAGCAGCUCACGAACCGACGUCGUCCCAACCGCCGCAGGGGCACCCAAGUCUGGCUCCAGCGGACGACUGCAAAAGUCCGGUCCCUCGCAACCGACGGAUGAUAUCGAGAUCCGCGAAGUCCCGCGAUGAACAACUCGCACCUAUCAGUCCAAUUGUCUGAGUCUAAUUCACCAUCUCCUUCCCAUGACCGUGUCAGAGUCGCGAUGGAUGUCUUGCAUAAUGUGUUUUGCCUAACGUAUGAUUCGGGAGAACCGACUCUUCUUUGUUCUAACUUUACAUUUUCCUUCUUUCUUAUAUUUUUUGUAUUUGGCAUGCAUAUAUUGGCGUUAACGUGUCGGUGUUGAGGUUUGAGGCUGAUAAUCUUCCUUCACUACUGUUUAUGGCCUGGCCGAUCCAACCCAAGCUCGGAAUUAUCUCCCGUACUUACCUACUUACCUUCAUGUCGAUAUGUUUGAACUAUUACUAUACUUAUA